GAUUUAAAAAAUCAUGCAGUAGUAGUGAUACAAUUUAUCAUCAAUAGUAAUUUAUAUUAAGUAUAAGCGUUGUACCGUUGUGAGCGACUCUCGUAGUCCACGGAAAACCAUCAUGUGUGUUCGGGACUUAUCGGGAAUCUUCGGUGAGGUCAAGUGGAGGAAAUGACGCCCAUAUUAGGAAAUGUUCCCCGGGGCAGUCAGCUGGACUCCACAGCAGCGUAGCGCUCACUCGCACGGAGCUCCUUUUUUCUACAACUACUCACUUGGUAAAUUUAAUAACAUUUAUCAUAUUAAUCCGCCAUCAUGGCCCAAGCCAAAAUACAAGCCAAACUCAACGAAGCGACCUGCAGCAAGUUCAACAGAACUUUGUCCAUGGCGGACCGGGCUGGACAACUUUUGGCUAAUUUGGAUCAGCUGGAGUUGAGGGUGGAGGCUUUACGCGAAGCAGCCUCGGCCAUGGAGCAGGAAAGGGAGUGCAUCCUGGAAAUGAUCCAAUCCUUACAGAACAGUCAAGAAAUGCACAACAUCAGUGCCGGUGAGAAAGAAGAGUUAACGCUUACCGCCGACCGCCUGAUGGGCCGCACGUUGUCGGUGGAGAUCAACGUGGGGACCACCAGGAGCAGCCAGCAGAAGGAGGCCUUGCAGAACGCCACGUCCAUCAUCGACGACAUCGUUCAGAAGCUCCUGGUGGACAUGGCGGGCUCCAGGCUGCGGCUGCUGGCCCUGUACUCGGCCUGCGUGACCGAGGCGCCGCCUGUCCCCGUGGACCAGAAGUUUCAGGCUGUGGUGAUCAGCUGCGCUAUGGAGGACCAGAAGAAGAUCAAGAGAAGACUGGAGACGCUGCUGAGGAACGUGGAAAACGCAGAGAAGAAUAUUAAGAUCAUGGAUCACCAAAAGGUAGAGGAUCCAAAAGUCAAUGGCAGUCAAUAAAUAGACGGUCAUCUAUGUACAAACCCCGUUUCCAUAUGAGUUGGGAAAUUGUGUUAGAUGUAAAUAUAAACGGAAUACAAUGAUUUGCAAAUAAUUUUCAACCCAUAUUCAGUUGAAUAUGCUACAAAGACAACAUAUUUGAUGUUCAAACUGAUAAACUUUUUUUCUUUUUGCAAAUAAUCAUUAACUUUAGAAUUUGAUGCCAGCAACACGUGACAAAGAAGUUGGGAAAGGUGGCAAUAAAUACUGAUAAAGUUGAGGAAUGCUCAUCAAACACUUAUUUGGAACAUCCCACAGGUGAACAGGCAAAUUGGGAACAGGUGGGUGCCAUGAUUGGGUAUAAAAGUAGAUUCCAUGAAAUGCUCAGUCAUUCACAAACAAGGAUGGGGCGAGGGUCACCACUUUGUCAACAAAUGCGUGAGCAAAUUGUUGAACAGUUUUAAGAAAAACCUUUCUCAACCAGCUAUUGCAAGGAAUUUAGGGAUUUCACCAUCUACGGUCCGUAAUAUCAUCAAAGGGUUCAGAGAAUCUGAAGAAAUCACUGCACGUAAGCAGCUAAGCCCGUGACCUUCGAUCCCUCAGGCUGUACUGCAUCAACAAGCGACAUCAGUGUGUAAAGGAUAUCACCACAUGGGCUCAGGAACACUUCAGAAACCCACUGUCAGUAACUACAGUUGGUCGCUACAUCUGUAAGUGCAAGUUAAAACUCUCCUAUGCAAGGCGAAAGCCGUUUAUCAACAACAACCAGAAACGCUGUCGGCUUCGCUGGGCCUGAGCUCAUCUAAGAUGGACUGAUACAAAGUGGAAAAGUGUUCUGUGGUCUGACGAGGCCACAUUUCAAAUUGUUUUUGGAAACUGUGGACGUCGUGUCCUCCGGACCAAAGAGGAAAAGAAUCAUCCGGAUUGUUAUAGGCGUAAAGUUGAAAAGCCAGCAUCUGUGAUGGUAUGGGGGUGUAUUAGUGCCCAAGACAUGGGUAACUUAAACAUCUGUGAAGGCGCCAUUAAUGCUGAAAGGUACAUACAGGUUUUGGAGCAACAUAUGUUGCCAUCCAAGCAACGUUACCAUGAACGCCCCUGCUUAUUUCAGCAAGACAAUGCCAAGUGUUACAUCAACGUGGCUUCAUAGUAAAAAAGUGCGGGUACUAGACUGGCUUGCCUGUAGUCCAGACCGGUCUCCCAUUGAAAUUGUGUGGCGCAUUAUGAAGCCUAAAAUACCACAACGGAGACCCCCGGACUGUUGAACAACUUAAGCUGUACAUCAAGCAAGAAGGGGAAAGAAUUUCACCUGAGAAGCUUAAAAAAUGUGUCUCCUCAGUUCCAAAACGUUUACUGAGUGUUGUUAAAAGGAAAAGCCAUGUAACACAGUGGUGAACAUGCCCUUUCCCAACUACUUUGGCACGUGUUGCAGCCAUGAAAUUCUAAGUUAAUUAUUAUUUGCAAAAAAAAAAAAAGUAUAUGAGUUUGAACAUCAAAUAUCUUGUCUUUGUAGUGCAUUCAACUGAAUAUGGGUUGAAAAGGAUUUGCAAAUCAUUGUAUUCCGUUUAUAUUUACAUCUAACACAAUUUCCCAACUCAUAUGGAAACGGGGUUUGUAUGUUUUUUACCUUGGGGCCAAAAAUCUAGCAUGAAGAAGUGACCUAACUAUAUGUUCCUUUUUAGCAACCCAUGACUCCCUUUUAAGUCCUUUGAAAUACCUCAAUGCACGAAAACACAUUCAACUGAAGCUCAUAUUUGCAUGAAGAUGUUUUUAAUAUGCACGUGUGCAAAUGGUUAAAAUAAAAUAACAUUGUUUUUGUCUAUGUCACUUUUAUUGACUCAAAUGCAGAGAGUACCAGGCAUGCAUUGUUUCAAUGUGCGAGGGAGAACAUGGUUUGAGGUCAAAUGUCACAAAAAAGUAUUUCCUCUCAUUUGUUCUAGAACUGUAUAGACAAAAAAAUUCUGUCAAAAUAUGACAAAAAGUAGAUUUCUUUUUCCCUCAGAGAACAGACAGAAACAUAAAUGAUGACAGCAUGAAGGAAGUAGUUGAAAGUUUCAAUAAUUACUUUGUAAAUCUUGGACCAAACUUGGAGGAAAUGAUUCCAGAGUCAGUUUCAACUGAGAACUUGAAUGACACCAGAGAUAGAAAUCCCAACUCAAUGUUUUUCACAAAUUUGACACAAGAGGAAAUAGUUAAAAUCGUGAACAAAUGCAAUUCCAAGUGCUCAAUUGAUUGUAAUGGAGACGAUAACAAUGUUAUUGAAGAUCUCUCAGGACCAUUAAUGUAUAUCAGUAGGCUAUCAUUUCAAACAGGCAAAUUACCAAACAAAA